UCGCCUAGUCCAGAAGGAGGUCUAUCCGGAAGUAUUCGCCCAGUUGCAGAGCCAGGGUCGGAGGACGUCUAGCAAAUUCGUCCUGCUCUUAUGAUCAGAAACACCAAAUGAUCCUACCGCCGAGUCAUCCCUUCACCAAGGCGAUCAUCCGCUCAGUGCAUAGGUCCAACAUGCACGUGGGCGCUCAAACCACGCUUAAUGCCGUACGAAGGGAGUUUUGGAUCAUCCGUGGGAAAAGUACCGUCAAGGCUAUUAUUCGUUCCUGUGUCAAGUGCUCCAAACUCAAUGCUCGCCCGAUUCGUCAAUAUAUGGGUGAUUUGCCGGUUUGUCGCUUGGAAGCAGAGUACCCAUUUUACCGAGUUGGUAUCGAUCUUUGUGGACCAAUUGCCAUCAAACAACGCAACAAGCGGUCAACGGUCGAGCACAAGGGUUGGAUCGCACUUUUCGUCUGUCUGGAGACCAAGGCGAUCCAUCUUGAAAUCGUCAGCGAAUUAUCGACCGGAGCAUUCAUGGCAGCAUUUGACCGAUUCGUCAGCCGACGAGGUAAAUCAUCAUCCGUCCGGACUGACAAUAAUUUUGUCGGUACAGUAAACUUACUGAAGGAAUGGAAGGAGUUCAUCGAGAGCAACGAGACUCAAGAACACAUCCAGCGAGCCAGCGACGCCGAAAUUGAAUGGUGCUUCAAUCCUCCAGAAGCUCCACACUUUGGCGGAAUUUGGGAGGCGAACAUUCGGCAAACCAAGUCUCUACUUAUCAAGUACACUGCUGGAGCAUCUCUAUGUUUCGAAGAAUUGUCGACUGUAUUAGCACGUAUCGAAGCCGUUUUAAACUCCCAACCAACAACUUCGCUAUCAGACGAUCCAGAGGACUUCGAGCCGCUGACUCCGGGUCACUUUUUGGUCUUCCGGCCUCUAACUGCCAUUCCUCGUCCGGAGGUAACUGCCCAAUCGAAACAUGCAAGAUCACGCUUUGAGCACAUAAACCACAUCGUCCAGCACUUUUGGGACCGCUGGAACUCGGAAUAUUUGUCGUCGUUGCAGCAAAGGUACAAGUGGCACAAGAAAGUACAAGUGAACGAAGGACAACUGGUACUCAUCAAGAAAGACAACUUACCAGUACAAAAAUGGAUGCUCGGUCGAAUUGUGGAACUGUUCCCAGGUUCCGACGGCGUUACGAGAGUAGUCAACGUUAAGACGAAGAAUGGAAUUAUGCGAAGAUCAGUAUCGAGAUUAUGUUUCCUCCCAGUCGACCCAGAGCUAACAGUUGGAAGAGAGGUCUUCCAACGUGGGGAGGAUGUUUAA